GCGGAAGCCGGCCGGGCCACGUGGGGCGAGCGCGGGGGCGGAGGCGGCUUCUUAGGCAGCGCCCGGCGCCGGUGCAGGGCCCGGUCGGACUCCUCCUCUGCCGCCGCCGCCGCCGCCAUGCCGAGCGAGCUGGCCGCCGAGACGGCGCAGCUGGUGGACGACUACCUGCAGCACCACCUGGGCGGCUCGGCGCUGCCGGCCACCCGCACGGCCCAGACGCUGCGCCGCGUGGCCGACGAGCUGGGGAGCCGCGAGCAGCCCUUCUUCCGCUCGGCCUGCAGCCCCGCCGCCCUGCCCGAGCCCGGCGGGGCGGCGGCGCACUUGAGCCGGGUGGCGGCGCAGAUGGAGGCCGACGGCGGGCUCAACUGGGGCCGGGUGGUGGCGCUGGUCGUGUUCACCGGCACCCUGGCGGCGGCGCUGGCCGAGCGCGGGGCCCCCCGGGACGAGGUCGCCGCCCUGGCCCAGGCGCUGGUCGCCUACCUGGCCGGCGAGAAGCGCGAGUGGCUGGAGGCGCACGGAGGAUGGGAUGGGUUCUAUCACUUCUUCAACAAACACGGCUCGGAUGCAACUGACCAGAACAGCACCAUAAGCAACGCGAUCAUGGCGGCCGCGGGAUUUGGCCUGGCGGGAUUGGCUUUCCUCUUGGCUGUGCGGUAAAAAAACUACAUCAGUGGACUUGACUUUGGGGAGGGGAAAAACUCUUCGAAACUGCCAACGUGUACCAGUGAAGAGUCCAUUCUAUAUUUCUAUGAUGGUGAAAGACAGAAGCUUAUAUUUUUUAAUCGGCGUCUGGAGCGGAACGUUGGAAACAAAGCACACACUGGCAGUGGCAAUACACGAAUGGAAGCAAAGACCGGUUAAAUCUUAGUUUGGAUGGUGUUUUUUUUCUCUCCAUCUUGAUGUGAGAGUUGUAGGUGUCAUGUUAGCCCCAUUCUAGAGAAUCGCUGAGUACUGGAUGUUAUGCUAAAUGUGUUAGAUGGGCUUGCAAUGGAACCCAAGUGAAGAUGUGUGUUUGGAUUUUCGUUGGGGGUGUGUGUGUGUGUAUAGGGGCGGGGGGGAAGAAGUUGCCUUGUGAAAUGUGAGCCAGUAUUAGCAAGAAUGAAGAGCUUAAUCACACCUUUGCUGCAAUGCACACAGUAAUGAUUGAACUCCUCGAUGUAUAACUGCAAGAUUCAUAUUGCACAGCUUACGUGGUCUCAUUGUCAUGACCUUAAUACAACUUACACUACAUGUAGGUGACGAAUGUUGAUACCAAAACUUCAGAAGGCUGACGAACCAGUUCUUAUAACUGAAGCGAGUUUAACUAUUGGAGGAAAAAAACCCUUUUUUUGAAAUUGGUCUAUUUUGGAAGUCCAUCGAAGGCUGGGAUUUCUGUGGAUUUCCUGUCGAACCCAGAAACUCCGUAUAACUUAAUAUAUUUUUGAAGUAUUUAUCAUUGUAUAAUAACUGGUAGUUGGUAACAUCUAUUUUUGUUAAGUUCCAUUUUUUUUAAAGAAAUGAGAAGCUGUCUCACACAGUUGCUUUCUGGGCUGUACCUAUUUCUCUUCUGCCUUGUUUAACAAUUUGGUAUUGUGUCCUGUGUAUUGUACAAAUAGUCUCCAGAUGCGUUCAGUGUCAUUUUCUUUAGCUUGUACAGUUUUAAUAUGUGAAUAAAUACAACUGAAUAUUUUUAUUUUAAA